AUGAAGGCUGCUGUCGUCUCUUUGAUGGCAUCUGCUAUCUCACUCACAAACGCUGUUACUCUUCGCAACCACGUCAAUGGAGGCUGCCGAGGCAACUCUGUGCAAUGCUCAUACAUUUUACAUGACGUUUGCUGUGGAUCAAUCUCCGGCUACUCUGACUCUGUCUACGUUACCGGCCUACAUGUCUAUGGUGUCGCUUCUCUCCUCACAGGCUCGGGAAGCGAUGCCUGCGGCGGAAAGGUGGUCAUAUCGAACACCGGACUGGAUCUGUGCCUCACGAAUCCCGACGGAAUCGAGUUCACCACCGGCAGCAUGUGGCACGCGCUCUCUCAAUGUUCGACCAGCUGUAAAAGAGAUCCUGUAUCGGACUUCAUGGAGCUGCCGGAGGAAGAGCGCCUAAGGAUUCUCAGCGAGAAGGGUUGCAAGGGAAGUGUUCAGCCAGAUAAGUUGAUCUUGUCUGACGGGCAUGCUUUCGAGAUUGGGAAUGGGACAUCUGUUGAAGACGUUGAGGUGUUGCUGGAGAUGGCUCGGGCUAAAGCGGAUGCGACGAUUGACGACGUCCCAGAGCACCUACUCAGCCUCAAGGUCGACCUCUCUGUGCUGUGA